GCAGAGGACGUGGAGUGUAGACCUGGACCUCGAUGGCUGUGUCUUAGGUUUCACCUGCUCCCAUUCUAAACCGCCACAGCCCAGUUACCCACGUCUCUCUUCAAUGCAACUUGUCAAGCCCAUGUAUAUUUAAUGGUUCACCGGGGCUGCUAUCAGAUGAACCUAACGAAGUAAAGGGGCGGCGCUGCGAAUAUGAUGAAGACGAUGAUGUGUAAAAAGCGAGGGGCUGGGUUUUGGAAAACCAGCCACACCUGCCCCUCCUCUCCAGGAAUGGAUGAGUUAUGAGAUGGAGAGGAGAUCUAAGCGGCUCAUUCGGUGCAGCUGCACAGACAAAGGUGGGAUCACAAUGACUAGAGACUAAAAACCGGAUUCUACACCUCCAUUUGCUCUUCCCUUAUCAUUCAGUCCUGGAUGGAUCUUUUAGGGAUUAAACAGUCUAGAGGCUCUGACUGAAUGGUACCCUGGACGCUGGAGAAUACUUUAACAUCACCCUCCCCUCCACUUCUUCACUGAUUCCUCUCUGAGAAGUGGAGGAGAAAAGUCUGAGGGACCUUUGGCGCCAUUGAAAGGUGGAGCCAAUCCCCAGUGCUACAAACUCAGGAAGGAUGAGGAACAGCGUCUAGUAGAUUUUUGUUUCCUUUCUCAGACCAGAGUGUGCCAGUGAGGUGUCUAGACACCAUUUUUUUUUUUUGGGAAAGAAGAGGAGAAAAUAAGACUCAGAGAAAGAUGCCUUUUGGUUUAGCUGGUUUGAAGGAGCAGGUGCUUAAACCUGGGAAGGAGGAAGUGAAGAACACAGUAGGGGACUCUCUAGGAAAACUACAAAGGAAAAUAGAUGGUAGUAAUGUGGAAGAAGAGGACAACAUCGAACUGACAGAGGAUGGACGUCCGGUGGCGUCGCCUCGGCUUCCCGCCCCGCUGCUGGACUGCAGCUGUGGUGGUCUGCCUAAGCGCUACAUCAUCGCCAUCCUGAGCGGCCUGGGCUUCUGCAUCUCCUUUGGCAUUCGAUGCAACCUUGGUGUGGCCAUCGUAGAGAUGGUGAACAACAACACUGUCUAUAUUAAUGGGACUCCAGUGCUUCAGAAAGCCCAGUUUAACUGGGACCCAGAGACAGUGGGACUGAUCCACGGCUCCUUCUUCUGGGGCUACAUCGUGACUCAAAUCCCCGGUGGCUUCAUCUCCAACAAGCUGUCUGCCAACAGGGUCUUUGGAGCGGCCAUUUUCCUCACAUCCUUGCUGAACAUGUUCAUCCCGUCAGCAGCGCGGGUGCACUAUGGCUGCGUGAUGUUUGUUCGCAUACUGCAGGGCUUGGUGGAGGGUGUCACUUACCCAGCAUGCCAUGGGAUGUGGUCAAAGUGGGCGCCGCCUCUUGAACGGAGUCGACUGGCCACCACGUCAUUCUGUGGAUCCUACGCAGGAGCAGUCAUCGCCAUGCCUUUAGCGGGAAUCCUUGUUCAGUACGUUGGCUGGUCUUCAGUCUUCUAUAUUUAUGGUGUUUUUGGGAUCCUGUGGUACAUCAUGUGGCUCCUGUUGGCUUAUGGAAGCCCUGCAGAGCAUCCCACAAUCACAGACGAGGAGAGGACGUACAUCGAGUUCACCAUCGGUGAAAACCUAAACCAGAUGAGCGUGACUGAGAAAUUCAAGGCCCCGUGGCGUCGAUUCUUUACCUCCAUGCCUGUAUACGCAAUCAUUGUGGCCAACUUCUGCCGCAGCUGGACUUUCUACCUGCUGCUCAUCAGCCAGCCGGCAUACUUUGAGGAAGUGUUUGGCUUCCCCAUCAGCAAGGUGGGGAUCCUGUCUGCAGUCCCACACAUGGUGAUGACAAUUGUAGUUCCUAUUGGAGGACAGCUGGCUGACUACUUACGCACUAACAAAAUCAUGUCGACCACAAAUGUGAGGAAACUCAUGAACUGUGGAGGAUUCGGUAUGGAGGCUACUCUGCUGCUGGUCGUGGGGUUUUCUCAUACUCGAGGGGUCGCCAUUUCUUUCCUUGUGCUGGCUGUAGGCUUCAGUGGAUUCGCCAUAUCAGGUUUCAACGUUAAUCAUCUGGACAUUGCCCCUCGCUAUGCCAGCAUCCUGAUGGGUAUUUCUAACGGGGUGGGAACGCUGUCUGGAAUGGUGUGUCCCCUGAUCGUUGGAGCUUUGACCAAACACAAGACUCGUCUGGAAUGGCAGAAUGUCUUCGUCAUUGCUUCCAUGGUGCAUUACUCAGGGGUCAUCUUCUACGCUAUCUUUGCUUCGGGAGAGCAGCAGGAUUGGGCCAACCCCGAGAGCACAAGCGAGGACAAGUGCGGGAUCCUCGAUGAGGACGAGCUGGCCGAAGAGUCGGAGCUCAACAGUGACAACCUGGCGGGUCCCAAAAAGAGUUACGGAACGACGGACGAUUCGUCCGGCCGAAAACAGGGCUGGAAAAAGAAGAGAGGGGUGACCAUGCAAGAGGAGGAGGAACACUGCGGGAACGGGGACUUUCAGGACCGCUACCAGUAGAGAGAUGCCCCGGAGGGUAAAAAGGACAUCCAAAACAAGCAGAAGGUCUGAUUUUGCUCCUGUGGAAAUGAUGAAGUGGGGAAGUGACAGGAGCAGAAGCAUCACAUGUACCUCAAAACUGCCCUUUUUAAUUUCUGGACAAUAAACCCGUUUAACUGUGAAGUACGAUAUUGUCAGCAGAAAAAAAAACAACAAAAAAAAAACACAUCCUCAUGAAAAUGUAAUUAAUAAAAUCAAACGUUUGCAGCUAAAUAAGGGAGAGUAAAUCAUUGUAUCAGAGACUGAAUAGUGAAUCUAAUCUAUGCUGACAUGUACUGUAGAUUUAAUGGAUCGAUAUUCAUGGACUAAAUAGUGCUGUGUUAAAGAAACACAUAUCAACUUUCAAACAACCUGUGCUGAUCGUGUUCUUCUAUUAGUCUGUGCGAGCAAACGAUUACUGAACAUUAGCUUACUUUACUUUUACCAUGUGAACAGUUUUUGAAAUGUUUUGUGUCAGCUAUGCAACAUGAAAAGAGGCGUACCACUGGAAUGUCAUGAGGGGUUCGACAGCAGACCACAGUGUUAAUGUAACGGUUGUUUUUGUUGCCUGUAUGUGCAGUAUUUGCUGUUGCUGAACGAUUGCACUGCUUAGCUCGCUUCCCUUGUCUGACCAGGUCUUAGUUCACCAGCUUCAUUAUUUAUACAGCUCUGAGCUCACAAUAGAACAAAAUAGAUGGAGAGCUCAUUGUUGAGGCUUUUUGUUUAACUAUUUAUUCUUCUGGUGUUUGGCUUUUUUCUUUUUCUUUUUUUUUUGCAGUAUCUCAGUUUAAUACAUGGAGACACAGUUUGUUUCACUUUAAUCAUAAAAAAUAUAUUGCUUUUACUGUUUAUCGUUUCUGCAAAAAAAGAGAGAAAUUUUGUACAGUUGUUUGAGAGAGGUUUGAUUUUCAAAAGAACGCACGACACAAACGACAUUUCUGUUCAGGAUAUUGGCUAUGUGCAUGAUGGUAGUCAGCUUUUCAUGAUGCUUUAUAUUCCCAAACAAAUUAUAAUUGUCAUUCACCAUCAGACUGAAUGCUCAUUUGGUGUAAUAGAAAACAAUUAAGGCUCAAUUGUCUCUGAGCUAAUGUAAAGUUCGCCAAAUGGUUACAGCAGCAUUGCUAACAUGCCUUUUAGCAUACUAGCGUUUUGCUAAUUUGCACAUAAAUGUCACCACUUUUGCAGCUAUUUGGUCAUUAAUUAAAGAUCUGGAAAAGUUACUUUUUGACUUGAUGCUGGCUUAAAUUAAAAUCACCUGAAGGGAACAUGAAUGUCUAAAUCUAAUUUAAUGGCAAUACACCCAGUAAUGGUCAAAAAAAUCUACUCAAAACCUUGAUGUCCACCUCACUGUGUUACUACUACAUUUAGCUGUGUCUAAAGGUAAAGGUGUGUAUGUUUAUU